UCCCCCCAGUCACUUCUCUGUGCUGGGUCCCCUCUGUCUUGCUGAUUCUUCAAUCCCUCCUUGUUCCUAUGAAAUUCUUCCUUUCCCACUGUGCUGCCCAUUUUCUUCUCCAGUCCACCUUGGAGUCCACUUGUCUCUCUGCGUGUCUGAUGGGAGCAUCCCCGGCAAGUCAUGCAAAAGGCAAAGGCUGGCAGGCUGCGCUGGCUUUUGCCAGCCCUCUCACCCCCACCUCCUUCCCUCAGACCCUGCUGGUGCUGUCCAGCCAGCCGACCGGCCUGGCAGCAGCUCUGAAACCUUGUCCUCAUGCUUGAACCUGGCGGUUUGAGAGGCAAGAAGGUUGUUAGAGCUCUGUCUGCUGGAGCUGCCUUUCAAUCUUGUUGUAGGUGUCUUGAAAGUUCAGGUGGCAGGGUGGCUGGCUUUGGCUUGAUUCGUGCUUGCAGGGAGUACCUGGUGGGUCACUUGUGCUUAGAAGCUGCAGGGCCUAUUCCCCCAGGUUGCCAGCCUUUUCCUCUUCAACAUUCUUGUGCUCCCCCGACUCUUCCUCUUCCCACUUUUCCUCCCUUUCCUCCUGCUGGCAUUUAGCUUUUCUUCCUUUUGGGUUCUCUAUGGCCGCCUUUUCCAGUGGCAGCUUGCCCUAGGGGAGCCAGAGUCAGUCAGCUCUGAGGGAGUCAGAGUCAGAGUCAGAGUCAGAGUGAGAACUAAGUCAGCUGAUUAAGCAGUGGAGGGCUGGGGAGCCCCUAAACUGAACCCCAUCAUCUCAUUUUCUAGUCUGCUGAGGUUGUGCCAAAUGGUCUGUGUCCACUUAUAUAUGUAUGGGAGGGUUACUGUGAAUGAAUGGAAAGCUUUGCUUUACUCAACAUGUUUCCAACUCUGGUGCUAACUAGAAGCAUUGUCUGGGGGCAGGUCUCAUCUCUGGCUCCUCACCUGUAAAAUGCUAAAGUUCCUUUUAACUUCUGUGUUCUGGGCCUCUGAGUAUGUGUGAGUCAUUUCCUCCAUUCCAAAAAGUAUUUACUGCAUACCUACUUAGUGUCAGACACUAUUCUGGGAGCAGGGGAGAGAGCAGUGGACAAAAUAGAUGGCAAUCUCUGCCCUCGUGACACUUACAUUUCAGUGGUGGGAAGACAGACAGUGCACUGAUUAAAAUACCAGUGGUGCUCAGUAUUAUGGAGAAAAAUCAAGCAGAGGAGGAAGGUGGGGGAUGCCGGUGGGGGAAGGUGGCACGAUUUUAUGAUGUGGUCAGGGAAGGCCUUUCUGGAGAAGCUAACCAUUGAGCAAAGAGCUAAAGGGGGUGAGAGAAGGAGCCAUGAGGACAUCUGGGUGAGGAACAAUCAGAAAGUCCCAGAGGCUGAAGUGACCCAGGCCAAAAGUAGUAGGAAUGCAGCUAGAGAACUUUGGGGUCAGAGCGGUCAGAUGCUAAGAGGAGGAGUCUUUGUGCAUAUGCGGGUUUAUCCGCAGAUCUGUCUCAGGAAACCAGGAGCCUCCUUUUCUCCUAGAUUUCCCCAUCUGGCCUCUGCGUGAGUGGCUCUCUGGGUAGAAGGUGGGGAGUUGCUGAACUCAUUAUGUCCGUGGUUCAAAUUUCUGCUGGUUGGGGCUUUUGUUCAUUACUUUCAUGACAGUUAACCUGAUUUCCGCUCAUGUGCAUUUAGCAGCAUUUUCUGGAACCUUAUCCCUCUUAUAUCUGCUGCAUUCUUCCCCCUUCCCUCUCCUUUCCCUCCACCCUCUCCACCGCUGUAUCUCUUUCCUUUUGGUAUCUUUUUCCUUUUGCUUCUUAACUCUGAGAUAAAUUAACUCCAAGAUGACCAUUUGGCAUCUUUCCCUGCUGGGUGAUAGGAGAAUUUGAUACUCUAACGUCCUAGCCAGUUAUCCAGUGAUGCAUCCCAGGAUGGCUGAAAGAGCACUGGGUGGGGUCCAUUUAUGACUUUCUGAAACAGUGUCAUGAUGACAGCACCUACCUAGUGUUAAGCCACAGGGGCCAUCAGUGACAUGAGCUGCACUUUGGGAGCAGGGCCGUCUCCGAGGUGGCACUGUGCAUGAGCAGUAAAGCUGGAAGGGGGGAUUUUUGUUGCUUUUAGGAGUUUCUCCAUGGCUUUAGUCAUUUACUUAACAAACCAGAUGAAUGCCUGGCACAUGCCACCAUUAGAAAGGGCACUGAGGAUGCCUGAGGUUCCCUAGAUGGGAAAACUAGGGGAAGCCUAUUUUCCAGCAGGUCAACAGCCUCUUGCCUCCAAUUCCAAAAUCCACAAUCUCUCAAAAUUGGAAAAUGCAUUUGGUAACUUGUUUGGCAGCAAGACCUGGCCUUACCUGAUCUGAACUUAUUUGGCAGCAAAAAGCCUGAGAUAACAGGAGGCUAUUGGUUAUCUUUAUGUUUGCCCUCAAAUAUGAGCUCCACAAACCCAAAGCUAUACAGACGGAGGUCAAACCCUCUGUGAGGUUUAACCUCCGCACCUCCAAGGACCCAGAGCAUGAAGGAUGCUACCUCUCCCUCGGUCACAGCCAGCCCUUAGAAGACUGUGGUUUCAACAUGACAGCUAAAACCUUUUUCAUCAUUCACGGAUGGACGAUGAGCGGUAUCUUUGAAAACUGGCUGCACAAACUCGUGUCAGCCCUACACACAAGAGAGAAAGAUGCCAAUGUAGUUGUGGUCGACUGGCUCCCCCUGGCCCACCAGCUUUACACGGAUGCGGUCAAUAACACCAGGGUGGUGGGACACAGCAUUGCCAGGAUGCUCGACUGGCUGCAGGAGAAAGAUGAUUUUUCUCUCGGGAAUGUCCACUUGAUCGGCUACAGCCUUGGAGCGCAUGUGGCUGGGUAUGCUGGCAACUUCGUGAAAGGAACAGUGGGCCGAAUCACAGGUUUGGAUCCUGCCGGGCCCAUGUUUGAAGGGGCUGACAUCCACAAGAGGCUCUCUCCUGACGAUGCAGAUUUUGUGGAUGUCCUCCACACCUACACGCGUUCCUUUGGCUUGAGCAUUGGUAUUCAGAUGCCUGUGGGCCACAUUGACAUCUACCCCAAUGGGGGUGACUUCCAGCCAGGCUGUGGACUCAACGAUGUCUUGGGAUCAAUGGCAUAUGGAACAAUCACAGAGGUGGUAAAAUGUGAGCAUGAGCGGGCCGUCCACCUCUUUGUUGACUCUCUGGUGAAUCAAGACAAGCCAAGCUUUGCCUUCCAGUGCACUGACUCCAAUCGCUUCAAGAAGGGGAUCUGUCUGAGCUGCCGCAAGAACCGUUGUAAUAGCAUUGGCUACAAUGCCAAGAAAAUGAGGAACAAGAGGAACAGCAAAAUGUAUCUAAAAACCCGGGCAGGCAUGCCUUUCAGAGUUUACCAUUAUCAGAUGAAAAUCCAUGUCUUCAGUUACAAGAACAUGGGAGAAAUUGAGCCCACCUUUUAUGUUACCCUUUAUGGCACUAAUGCAGAUUCCCAGACUCUGCCCCUGGAAAUAGUGGAGCGGAUCGAGCAGAAUGCCACCAACACCUUCCUGGUCUACACCGAGGAGGACUUGGGAGACCUCUUGAAAAUCCAGCUCACCUGGGAGGGGGCCUCUCAGUCUUGGUAUAACCUGUGGAAGGAGCUUCGCAGCUACCUGUCUCAACCCCACAACCCCGGACGGGAGCUGAAUAUCAGGCGCAUCCGGGUGAAGUCUGGGGAAACCCAGCGGAAACUGACAUUUUGUGCAGAAGACCCUGAGAACACCAGCAUAUCCCCAGGCCGGGAGCUCUGGUUUCGCAAGUGUCGGGAUGGCUGGAGGAUGAAAAAUGAAACCAGUCCCACUGUGGAGCUUCCCUGAGGGUGCCCUGGCAAGUCUUGCCAGCAAGGCUGGAAGACUGCCUGCUAUCCAAGCACACGGAGGAGAGUUACUGCUGAGGACCCACCAAUGGGAGGAUUCUUCUCAGCCUUGACCCUGGAGCUCCGGGAACAGCUGGUCUCCUGUGAUGGCCGGGAUUCCUCGUGGGAGGGGACUGUACGCUGCUAUAGCUCUUGCUGCCUCUCUUGAAUAGCUCUAACUCCAAACCUCUGUCCACACCUCCAGACCACCAAGUCCAGAUUUAUGUGUAAGCAGCUGGGUGCCCGGGGCCUCCCGUGCACACUGAAGUGGUUUCUCAGUUGCUGGGUGAGCAUGUACUCUGCCUGACAAGGAAUGCUGGCUCCGAAGAGGCCCUGUGUAGAAGGCUGUCAGCUGCUCAGCCUGCCUUGAGCCUUAGUGAGAAGUCCUUCCAAUGGGAGCUGACUCUUGUCAGAAUGGCAGGCCUGGUAUCUUGUUCAGACCCUGACUGUUGGGGUUCUCAUGGGUUGCACUGACCACACUGGUUACAUCUUAGCCAUUCCGUCCUGCUCCCCAGCUCGCUCUCUGAAGCACACAUAAUUGGCUUUCUUAUUUUUCUGUUGUUCAUUUUUUUUUUUUUUUUUUUUUUGGAGAUGGAGUCUUGCUCUGU